AUGAAGAAGAUUAGUGCGGUUGGUCAGAAUGGCCAUCGCGCGGCAGGCCCACAGCAGCAGGCCCACAGCAGCAGGCCCACAGCAGCAGGCCCACAGCAGCAGGCCCACAGCAGCAGGCCCACAGCAGCAGGCCCACAGCAGCAGGCCCACAGCAGCAGGCCCACAGCAGCAGGCCCACAGCAGCAGGCCCACAGCAGCAGGCCCACAGCAGCAGGCCCACAGCAGCAGGCCCACAGCAGCAGGCCCACAGCAGCAGGCCCACAGCAGCAGGCCCACAGCAGCAGGCCCACAGUGGCAGGCCCACAGCAGCAGGCCCACAGCAGCAGGCCCACAGCAGCAGGCCCACAGCAGCAGGCCCACAGCAGCAGGCCCACAGCAGCAGGCCCACAGCAGCAGGCCCACAGUGGCAGGCCCACAGCAGCAGGCCCACAGCAGCAGGCCCACAGCAGCAGGCCCACAGCAGCAGGCCCACAGCAGCAGGCCCACAGCAGCAGGCCCACAGCAGCAGGCCCACAGCAGCAGGCCCACAGCAGCAGGCCCACAGCAGCAGGCCCACAGCAGCAGGCCCACAGCAGCAGGCCCACAGCAGCAGGCCCACAGCAGCAGGCGCACAGCAGCAGGCGCACAGCAGCAGGCGCACAGCAGCAGGCGCACAGCGGUAGGCCCACAGUGGCAGGCCCACAGCGACAAUUAUAA